AUGUCCACAAUCAAUGUUCUCAGGUAUUCUGCAUUAGGCCUUGGCCUGGUAGUAGGUUUUAAGACGGACUGGUCUUUAAGGUCGGCAGCGAAGAGGAAGAAGCAGGAGCUGGAAUAUCAGGAACAGGUCAAAUUGAUCGAAGAAGCAAGGGCAGAAUAUGCUAAGUUAUACAGCCCAAUGAUAGCAAAACAGGGUAACGUAGAUUUCGAGGAUCCAAAUCUGGACUAUGCUGCGGUCAUUAUGAAUGCUGUGACAUCAUUGAAGUCGACCUGA